AGCGCGGCUGCAUACAACAUAGCCAUCUUGUCAAGAGUGACUGAGUGAGGGAGGUAACUGUAGGCGCUGUCGUUUGUUUAAAGCGUGAAAUGUAAGAGCGUUUUCUUCCCUCGACAGUAAAGAAAGUGUCGCCACCGAAUGAAUCUAAGCUGGUGACGGGAGCGCGCACAAAGGACUGCUUUCGGGAAGAUGUCUCACAUACUUGUUCCGACGUAGGGGGAGUGUGCAGCAGCCAGUUGGCUUGACUUGCUAGCUAGCUCAGUGAGUGGAGGGCUGCAGGCCCUCCUCAGCCUAAAGUAGCUCCUACAGCUGGGCAACACACUCUGCGACAACGGCCGUUUGACAACUGCAGAACCGGGACAUUAGCAGGCCGGUCCGGACUGACCGAUAUCUGUGGAUCAAUCAUCUGACAGGCUGAAAGCUGCAUAGCUGGACAAGACGAGGCGAAGUGUGGCGUUGCGUUAUGCGCUCAUGAACCGCAACAGGAGACCAAGAGAGGAAGAGGGAUGGCGGAGAUUCAUCUCGAGUACAUUUAAGUGUGACGCUGAGUAAAAUAGAUGUGUGGUGUUUAAUUAUGAUCUGAGCUUUUAGGAGUUACAAUCAGCUCGUCCCUUUCUGACGGAGGAUAAACAUACCCAUACGGGACUCGGAAUCAGGCUUUCAAUAUGUCGAGAAUGCCGGCCAAGAAAAAGAGCUGUUUUCAGAUCACAAGUGUGACUCAGGCCCAGGUGGCGGCUAUAGGUGCCGCCGACGACACGGAGAGUCUGGACGACCCAGAUGAGUCACGGACUGAAGAUGUGUCGUCUGAAAUAGGCCUGUACGACAUGUCACGGGGUGAGUACGAGCCUGCGUGCGACGGAAGUUCAUCCGAAGAAGCGCUGAAUAAUGUUGGAGAGCCGGAGGCAGUCAGUGUUAUGGCACCAUCACACAUACCUCAGCCCAGUCAGUUGUCUGCGCUGUCAAGCAAUCCUAUUGUGGAGUUUCGAAAAUUUGGAGUGUCAGGCUCCAUUCAAGGGGGUCAGCAGCCGCCGGGGAUUGGCGUUGCACCUGGUUUACCCCUCAUCACUCAGUCGGGGGGAAUGCUGCAACAGGCUGCUCCAGCAGCCAGCGCUGGCCAAGCCAGUGUGUCAGUAAACACAUCCCAACCCCCUGCAGUGACCAGUUCAGCUCCUGCCACCUCCACGGUGAGUUGCACUUCACGGUUCAGGGUCAUUAAACUUGAUCAUGGUACUGGAGAACCCUUUCGAAGAGGCAGGUGGACGUGUACAGAGUUUUAUGAGAAAGACUCUGAGAGCUCUGCUGUUAGUAGGACUGUAGAUAGCAUUAGGCACGCCAGUGCAGCACUGGACCCUGCUGCCGACAGAGACAGUGGGCUGGGGCACACAGGAGGAUCUGUGGUCGCGCCAGCAACACAGUCUGGUCAGGGCCUGGGCUCCAUGGCAGAUACUUCUCUUUCUGCAUCCCGCAUGCAUUCAGUGGAGACAAUACCGCAGCAGCAACAACUUCACCUUCAGAACUACAGUGCCUGGCAACAGGGUGUUAGUGAGUCGUCCGCGCAGAGUGCUUUCUCCAACAGCAAACCUGCAGCUGUCCCAGCUCAGCCAGCAGUGGGAGGUCUCCAGCCCUCUGCUCCCCAGAGCACGUUGCCUGUCGGACAAAAUGGCCUGCCUCAAUCUGGUGUCCACACACAGAAGUCCCCCAUCAUGCCUCCUUCAGCCCAGCCCAUUGCUUACCCUCCCCAGCAUCAGCAGCAGCAGCUUCCUAUGGGCCACCACCUAACCAGCCAGUCUCCUGGACUGCUACAGAACCAGACGGAAUACUAUCAGCAGCACCAGCCCAUUUCCAUGCAGCCAGGACUUUCCACAGGCCAGUCCCUCCCAGUGUCCGGCCUUUCUGUGGGUCCACAGCCUGUGGGACAAGGACUCGUUUCGGUCUUUCCUCAAGCCUCUGGAGGGGCUUCUGUGCCAAGUCAGGUUGGAGACGUUGCAGCAGCAGGAGGUGGAUCUGUACCUACCGGACAGCCAGCCCCGGGCCUCUUGCAGCAGCACACAGGAGGAAUGGGAGGUGGCGGAGGCUCCACACUGGUUGGUGGAUCCAUUUUGCAACAGCAGACUGUGAGUCAGUAUGCAGCCGCUGGACAGCCUCAACCCCACGGCCUCCACACUACAUCCUCCAGUGUACAAAAUGUGCCUGCCAUCGCAGUGAGCUCCAGUGUGCCCACCACUGUGCCCACUGCUGUGCCCAGUGCCUCCAGUGCGGCCAUGCCAAACGUGACAACCUCCAGUUUGCCUCAGGUUCAGGUACCCCACAGCAAGACUCCAGUGGCUUUUGGGGUGCAGGGCCUCCCAGCAACUGGAUAUGGACAUAUGGAGGGUGAAGAUGGAGGGAAAUCAGAGGGUCUCGUCAACGCGCAGUCUCCUGUUGUGUCUGGGAAGGAACCGGCGAAACCCUUCAUGCCUGAGAGCCUGCAGCUCACCACUCCAACUGUCAGUCUAUUUGGAAUCCACAUACCGUUCGACGGAGAUGUGGACAGGAACCCCUCCAAGGCUUUCUAUCAGGCCUUCCAGUCUGGCAGCAGAUUAAGGGACUCAAAGGCCCACUGUGAUAGGUACAGUACUAUACUGGAUUGGACUGGACAAGAGUGUAACAACAUGUGUGCAGUGCAGUGUUCAGUAGCAGAGAGCUUUGCUUUCUCCACGUGCAUGGAUUGAGUUUGGAAACAAAGCCUGGCAGCAAACGCAGGAUUGGCAAAUAGACUUCUCAACAACAUCCCUCUCUGUAAUUUUCUCUCAACAUCACACUCUUUCUUUCUGUCACAAUAUAAAUUGUUUGUGUCACUUAAGAAUUCUGGUUUGUUUACUGCCUGGGUGUUAUUUUCACAAGUCUGGCCAUGGUCUCUAUUGUCUUAUGUAGCAGAUUAAUUGUUGAGAUCUUGGAGUGCAGAGACAAACAACAGCACAGAAUCCAAUAGGGCAAGCAUCGCUGAGCGGUCAGACAGUUAAACAGAUUGGAAAAAAAUUCUGCAACUAAUGAUAUUUUCAUUAGUUAAAAUGAGAUCCCAAAGGUAAUCGGUUCACAAUAUAAAACCGAGAUAGAACGAUAAAUUGCUCAGGCCGAUAUUAGCUAAUUGCCGAUAUAUUGGUAUGGGUGUACAGUAUAUUUUGCCAAUAUGUAACAAUAAAAUGCAAUACAGAAAUAAACUAGGUUUGAGGUAAUUUAGAAAUAGUGUCCUCGUUGCAGGGUUGUGUAUCUAAUGAUGAUUAUGUUAUUUGGAAGUGAAAACAAAGCACACACGCAAAAUAUCCUUUCUAAUUGUCCAUUGCAUUGAAGAACUUUAGGCCCAUUAAGUACGUAGGAGAUUAUCAAAGCUGCAGCAGGAAGUCCAAUAACCAUUUUGAACCGGCAUGUUGGGUAAUGAUUUUACCAUUCACGUGGAUUUUCACUUCCCAGUAAGUAAUCUGGUAAAACUGUUCGUUUACAACCUGUCUGACCAUGUAGCUUGCAAUAUUAGACUCCAUUAUCGCCUCAAUGUCAGGAGAUCUCAGAAGGCUAUUUGUUCAGUAAAAUGUUUUCAUUCUUUACAGAAAAUGACCUUUUAUAAUAAGACUGUUGAUGGCAAAAAAGUCUUCCAACAUCCUCAACUUGUUGCUUUCACCUUUCAAGUGAGUGAAAGAGGCUGAAGAGUGUGCACAGCAUGCUAUCUGUAAUACACGUUUUAAAAGACAGCCUGAGUGCGGCCUGGUUUCUAGUGCAACACCCUCUCCACUGUCACUGUUUCUGUCUAAUGACUUCUAUUCACAGUUACAUUUCAAAUUCAUCAAGCUAUUCAAAUGAUAAAUGACACCGUCGUAUGUGGACACUGAAACUGUUAACCCUGUCACUGUAGAGCGAGAAGAGUGCCUUCAACAUUUUUAUGAUGCCUUUUACAAAAAUGAAAAAGGGAAGCACAUGAAACCAUAUCUGUAGUGACAGGAAAUGAAACUGUUUUUAGAGAAAUAUACAGCUGACACACCAUCACCAGCCAACGUGUACACACACACACACACACACACACACACACACACACACACACACACACACACACACACACACACACAAUUAUUUCAGCCCUUUUGCUGCCUCAGCCACCUUGGUUUAUAGAUGCAAAAGGUAAAUCAACAUUGUAAUGUCAUUAUCUAAACUAAGAUGUCGUGUGUAGUGUUAUUACUGGUAGACUCAAUACCGGUUUUACUUAAAUUCCAUUUCCAUGUUUUCCUUUCUCGGUUUGCCCAAAUGUUAUGAGCCCCAUGCCUCACUUUUUGUUUUUUGUUUUUUUUGUUUGAGUGGUGCUGUUGUGGAUACACUGUUCUGCUAAGGGCUGCUUUUGUUUCCAUGGAAGCAAAAAUAACCAAGUCCUUGUUUGAGACCCUGUGUUUGGUAGCUCUUGCCGUUGGCUUUUAGUAUUGACCCAUAAUCAGUCAGAUGAAGUCAAGUCAAGAGUGCUGUGAAAGUGAGAACGUGCUAAAAUAUACAUAAAAUGUUGGCAUGUCAAGACACUGACUUUAAAUUUCCUAUGGGUCCUUUUUCACCAUAAUGUAGUUAUUUAAGUUCCUAUAUGGAAAUUAUGUCAGACCACAUGGUCAGUUAUAUAAUAGCACCUCUCCUGCAACGUAGAGGAAAUGACAUGUAUGUUUGUGAAACAAACAUGCAUUUAAUGUACUCAUGUUUGUUUACAGAGAAAUAUUUUUGUCUCAUCUAAACUUACACUUCCCUAAGGUAUUUUACUGCUGCAACUUUACUGUAAUAUGUAUAAAACCUCAUGAGCUACACAGUGGAACUAUGUAAGAUGGUGACUGUUUUGUCAAAUUAAAGUAUGGGUAUCCUUGUGGCUCACUUGGCACAUGCAGCACAGGCAGAAGACCUUUCCUAGUAUGUCAUCCUCUUCUGUCUUUCCUUUUUUUUUCUUUUCCCACCUCAUCAGUUUUGGCUUUGUGUUUUUUCUGAAAAAGAAAAUCUUACAGUAUAAAAAACGUUGCCUAUUCAACAGCAAUUCAGUAGCAAAAUGUUCAUAUAUGUGUUGCUAUUAAGUUUAGGGAUUCAUGAUUGCCAGCGAGAGAAUCCUAGUAAAUUGGGUGAUCCCCUAACUUUUCUGCUGAUGUGUUUUUAUGAAUUUAGCUCAAAGCACAGCUGUUCCUAAGUACAGCCUCAAAGAGCUGCUAGCUUGGCUGUAGACUCAGUCUUGUUUAAAAAUAUAUGCAAAAUUACUCAAUUCCAAAUUUUUAUGUUCAAACACUACCAGAUGUGAUCCACAGAUUGACAGUUUUUCAGUGACUAGCUAAAUGGUGUGAUUUUUUUUUUUUUUUUUUUGUUUACUACAUAAGCCAAGAAACAUUUUAAUAGAUGAUUUAAAUUAUGUUUAUUUAAGUCUAAAAACAGUAGAAACCCCAUUCAGGUUUUUCUGUACGUAAUUUUGCUUUAGUUUGCCAUCAUCAUUUCCAUCCCCAAUUUCAUCACUUGCUUCAUUGUAGAUUGUCUGGGGUCAAAAAUUUCAACUUCAAAAAACGUAUUUUCUAUUGCUCACUCUGUAAUUACACCCGAGUCGUACCAUUUUUAAAUCGAUUUGACGUAUGCUUGCUUGUUCCUUCAGCCACAUGCACAGCUGUGUGAUACAGAAACAGUGGAAGUUGUAAGAUCAUGGAUAAAAUUAAAGUAAAAAUACGCACAUCUGAUCGCAGGAGCACGGUAGCCCCUAACAGAAAAUUUUGGGGUGCACACAUUAAAUCGACCUGCAACGUAAUUUUUCACAUUUUCCCCAUUUUAACUGUAUUACUGAUAAAUGCUUUGGUAAUAAAUAAAGAAAGUACAAUGUGUUUAAUUUUA